AUGGCGGUCAAACUCCAACUGUUGGCUCAGGGCGACGUCCACAACUCCUCCUUGGCAAUUCGUGGCCGUUCUAAUCGCCCCUUCAAGUUAGGUGCUUUCAAUAUAUCUACUUGUCACGACUGGUUCACUGUAUGCGGUAUUACGGAUGGCACAGCGAGGCAGUACACAACAGAGAUUAAUCGAUUUCGUCGAAUUGCACCCCUGAUCGGUCUUUCACGGGACACACCCCCAGAUACACGCGACGCUGCUAUUCGAUACCUCAUAUAUCUCAUGAAUGACCUGAAUAUGAAACCGCCACAGACGCAUAUAGUCAGCGCCGCCAUGCUAAAGUGGAGCAGCAUACUCCGUUCACAGUCAACACACCCGAACGAGAUGACCACGGCCAUAUGGGGCGAAUUGAAGACCGUAUAUAAGUUAUUUUUUAUUCUUGACGGGCGCGCCACUAUCCCAGAUGAGCCAGCACUCAUUUAUGCCGGUUGGAUAUCGGCUGUCUACUCUUGUUCGGCGGUCUCGGUGCACUGGCGUGCUUUGAUAGUGUUCUUCUUCCUGGCCCUCCGGAUUUUGGGACAACAGCACUUCCGUGGCAACCUAGUAUCCACGGUGGACUCUGAUGAGGUGGAGGACGUUACCACCACCACGGCGCAACGCAUACAUUUCUGGGCGGAUCUGAAGUACCAGUUUGUGGCAGCAGGCAUCCCACAGGAAUUGAUAACGCCACUAACCUCUCACUCCUUUCGGCGUGGUUUCGCCGCAAGUGCCUUGGCUAUCACUAUGCCCCAGCGAAUUAUCAGUGCUAUCUAG